UCAACUCCAAAAUGGGUAAAAACAACUGUUUCAUAAACAUAACAGUUCUGAACUUCAGUGGUACUCCAUGCAAUUCCUAUGGGCCAGAUAUUCCAACCAACCUCCAAGCUAUUAUUUGUGGCUCUUAAUGUACCAUUUUUCUGAACUAACCUGCCAGCUUGGGAUAUAUUAGACUCUUUCAUUUUAUUACAUACAGAAAUUGGUACAUUCACAUUUUCUGUAGUGAUUUCUUCCAUUUGAGAGCCAAAUAAGCCUAGUCUUCUCGAUAUUUUACUUUUAACACAUUUACAAACGGUUGCCGGUGUUUUGUACUCUAAUGUAUUUGCUCUAUAUACAUUUAGGCUUAAAGGAACAGGUGCUUCCGUUGGCUGCCAAUUAGGACAAACUGGAUCGUCCGGAAACUUCCAUAAAGAUUUUGGAGCCUCAUUUAAGCAAAUCAUUGGAUUAUGAGCUAAAGUUCCACUAAAAACUGACAAUAAUGCAAUUAAAGCAAGAAGAAGCGGACUAAUAACUCUAACAGACGGACUCGAUCUUCGCCCAAAUCUAACACGUCUACUGCCGGAAGAUCUACUGCUAUCUCUCGAAUUUGAGGUAUAUUGAUUGUUAUUAUAAUUUCUAUAGUUAUUACGUCCCUGACUUCCAGAUUGCUCAUAAUUGUUUUGGCGAUAAUUCGGAUUACUGUAGUUGUUUCUAUGACCUCCAUUGUAAUUGGGAUUGUAAUUUGGCCUGUUUUGAUUAUAUCUCUGUCUAUUAUCAUAAUUUCUCGCGUUAUAGUUAUUUCGCGGAUUAUAAUUAUUAUUCCUCCUAUAGUUUUUAUUAAGGUUCCCUUGAUUCUCAGGACAGUUACGUGCUAUGUGACCUGGACGCCUACAACUAUAACAAGUAAUGACUUCAGGUGUAUUUUUAGCAAUUGAUAAGGCAUCUACUUUUUCAGCGAGGUCCGCAAUGUUAAUGUUGGCACGUUUUCUAUCUCCCAACAAAAGCUCAAAGUGCUGCGCCAAUUCAUAAGCUGAGACGUAAUCCGUAGGC